AUGCGACGCGCGCUGGGCGCUGAACGAGACAAGGAGAUCACCGGACCAUGGCAGGCGGCGGCCAAAAUUACUAUGGCAGGCGGCGGCAAGGGCGGCAAACGCGGCAUCAACACGCAAUUGGCGCAUUCGGGGAACGACCCGCACGCCUAUUUCGGCUGGGUGAACCCGCCGGUCGUGCAUGGCUCGACGGUGCUGUUCCCCGACGCGGCGACCAUGAAGGCGACACAGGUCCGCAAUGCCGACGCGACAAGCCGAAGCCGCGUCCAGCCCUAUACUUACGCGACCUAUGGCAGCCCGACGACGGAUGCGCUGUGCGAGGCCGUCAAUGCGCUGGAAGGCAGCGCGGGCACCAUUCUCGUCCCCUCCGGUCUUGCAGCCGUCACCGUGCCGCUGCUCGCCUUUCUGUCGGCGGGCGAUCACGUUCUCAUCGUCGAUACGGUCUAUUAUCCGACGCGGCGCUUUGCGGACACGAUGCUCGCGCGUAUGGGCGUCGAGGUCGAAUAUUAUCUGCCCGAAAUCGGCGCCGACAUUGCGACCCUGUUCCGCGACAACACCAAGGUCGUUUUCAUGGAGGCGCCGGGCUCGAACACAUUCGAGAUCCAGGACGUGCCGGCCAUGACGGCCGCGGCCAAGGAGCGCGGCAUCGUCACCAUGAUCGACAACACGUGGGCGACGCCGCUCUUCUUCAAGCCGCUGGACCAUGGCGUCGAUAUCUCGAUCCAUGCCGCGACAAAAUAUCCCGGCGGCCAUUCGGACGUGAUCAUGGGUAUGGUCAGCGCCAACGCGGCGACGUGGGGCCAGCUCUACAACACGCAGGUCGCGCUCGGCACGUGCGGCGCACCGGACGACGCCUAUCUCGUUCUGCGUGGCCUCAGGACCAUGGGCAUCCGGCUGGAGCGGCACCAGAAAACGACGCUGGCUCUCGCCCGUUGGCUGGAAGACAUGGCCAAGGAGCCCGGCUCGAUCGUCGGCGACGUGCUCUACCCCGCGCUCGAGAGCUUUCCCGGUCACGACCUCUGGAAGC